AUGGCGAAAUUUGAAUACAGCGGAGUGUGUAUGGGGAGAUGGACAGCCCUUGUGGUUGCGUGCCUGGCAAACUUGACUGCGGGAUCUGUGUUCGUUUUCAAUGUAUAUUCUGUGCCAAUAAAGAAGAUAUUUCAAUAUUCGCAAUCGCAAGUUGAAGUCCUGUCCGCCAUGUUUGUUCUGGGCAUGGACUUGCUCCUGCCAGCCGGUAUGCUGUUCGACAGGUUCGGCCCAUUCUGGACGAGUCUUGUGGGAUUUGUGACCUGCACGGUGGGGUAUGGACUCAUAUACGCGGCCCUUCUGUCAAGAGAGGCAUUCGUGGGAGAUUGUGGCCUUCUUAGUUUCUAUUUCUUUAUAGCAGGCCACGGGACAGUCUACAUGUACACUGCCGCCCUGAUGAGCGCCAUUGUGAAUUUCGCGGAGAACCACCGGGCCACAGUCGUCGCCGUUCUGGACACGAUUUUCUCACUCAGUAUAGUGGUGUUCAUCACCAUAUAUGAUGGUUUUUUCGUCAACGGACACCUAUACGAUGAAGAAAACCAGAAUGUGAACGGGUUCGUGUUUUUCAUCUGGAUAACCAUGUGCGUGGUAAGCUUCCUCUGCGUCUGCUUUCUCAGGCGUUAUCCAUCUGAUUAUGCUGACCUCCCGGUUGACAACGAGCUACACAAGCUAGUCCCCGAAAAGGCCAAGACCUACGGCGAUACUGAUGAUAUAGAUCAGAACUAUGGGGAACAAGACUUGGCGCGGGAUCAGGAAUUUCAGUUCAAUAGUCCGGAUCUCAAUGUCGGCCUCAGUCCGGAUUAUGUGCUUCCGGACUUGGAGGAGCCGCCAGCACGGCCAGCCAGAUCUGUUCUCAACGAAGAUGACGAAGAUAAAUCCGUUAUAGACUCAAAUAUUCUACCCAGGAGCGAACCAGCGUGCGUUGAUGUUAUCCUGAGCAUAAACUUCCAGUUACUCAUGUGGACAUUCGUGCUGCUUGCCAGUGCGACAGUGAUGUUCUUUAAUAACUUGACCACCAUUGCCCGCGCUGUGCACAUGGCGCGGUAUAGCUGGCUCCUCAACGUGACCUUCUCACUCUCCGGCAUUGUAUCGAGGUUCAUCUGCUCUCCCCUCUCAGACUAUCUUUUCGAAAGCAUACCGCGUGUCACGUUCCUCCUAUUCUGCAAUAUUCUCUCCGUCGUGGCCUACUUCAUGCUAAUGGUGGGCACAGAAAUAUUCGCAGUUCUGUAUUUGUCAACAUUUCUUAUCGGGAUGUCCAUUGCGGCACUUUACACCUUCAUACCAACAAUGCUAAGCGAACAAUUCGGAAUUGCCCACUUUGGCCGCCAUUUUGGAAUUUUCAAAAUAAUAGGCGCGGCUGCGCAGUUUGCAACCCAAGCCUCGUUUGGGGCGAUGUACGACAGUCAACUUGAAAUAUCACGUAAUGUUACAAAUAGUCUUGAGGAGAUGGAUUGUCUUGGUGAAAGUUGUAUUGAAGGAGGUAUGGGCCUAGCAGAGGGCCUUUGCAUUGGAUCUGUUCUCCUCUCAGCAAUGUACCUGAUACGAACCAAAACAAACAAAUACCAACCUUUUUGAAUUGACUAUGCUUGCAUGCUGAAACGUUUGGUCUAAUUCUUAUGGGUUGAUGAUAGACACCGCCACCAUUUUGGCUGGAACUUGAAAUCCUAAAGCAAUUAACACUUCAAAAUGAAGUCAAUGCCAACUUCAGGAGUGGGAGUCAGUUCUUUAUUGGCCAGAGAACAGACUCACAACCUUGAAAUUGGCAUUGACUUUACUUCGAAGGA